AUGAUAACAAUACUCAGCGGAUUUUGCUUAUUAUACAAUGCUCAUUUAAUAUUUUAAUGGGACUAUAAAUUAAUCAUUAUCUACUGCUGCGUAUCCUCAUUCACAAUAAUGGUGCAUAGAUUACUUAAAAGUCGAAAGUAUAACACUUUAUUAUUUCUAGUCUUUCACAAUACUGUUGUUUUAAUAUUUUCGAAAGUUUAGUCUUAAUAUCCUAUUUGCUUUCCAUAGUCUAUUAUUUAGAGGUAGAGAAAGUGAAUAUUAAUUUCAUUUCUUAUGCUCAACUCGUCUUGCAGUUCUUGAUUCUAUCAGUAACAGUUCUUGUCAAUAGAAAUACAUCUGAUAACGAUGCAUUGGAUCAAUCAUUUUAGAUUUAAGAGAUUGUAAAUUGAUCUUAAACUCCUAGUUAAUAGCAGCAUUUAAGAGUAUCAGUGCUCUUCAACUUGUGUUUGUCAGUCUCAGAAUAACAGGACAAAUUACUUGGGGAUGGAUUUAAACAUUAAUUAUAAUAUGGUUUUUACUUGGAUUGUCAUUUGUGAUAGCAAUUUGUUUAUUUAUUGAUUUACUCUAGAAAUGCAGAAAUAAGUUAGAAGGGAUCGAAGAAGAUAAAAAAUCAAUCAUUAGUUAAAAUAAUUUAUAUAUUUAAGUUAAAGGAGGGAUUUAUAUAAAUUUGAUUGCAUUUGGAAUCACUAUAUUACCAUUUGCAACUCUAUUCGGAUGUGCUUUGAAACUAGACUUUCAUGUUGUCUAACUAAAUCAGUAUGCCUUUGGAUUAACAAUCCUGUUUUACCUACUCUAAUUAGCGUAUUUUUAUAAGUUUAAAUAAAAACUAAUGUAAGAAAUGAAUAAUAUUAGAGCGAUUACUUUUUAUAUUAUGAUAUGGCGUAGAGCAAUUUGUAUGUAGAGUAAUAGAUAUAGCAAAUCAAUUAAAAUCAACAGUAAAUUGAAAAUAGGAUAUAACUAAAAAUGAAGAGAAUGCACAAAGUUAGUAUAUCAAAGGUGCCUCAAUUCAUGGUUAGAUUAUCAUAAACUUACUAUAGAUGUGCUCAGAAUCCUGAUAAGUAACACAAACCUUCUACUGUUCAAAAAAACAAAUAAAAUUAAAUGGACAAUCAAUAUUAAAUGAAUGACAAUGAACAAUCAAAGCGAUUCGAUCUGCUCUUGUCUAGUCCAAGAUAAAGAUUGGAAAUCAGUUCAAGUUUAGGAUAAGAUUUAACAAGUAGGAAUUCUGAUAAAAAAUAAUUCGAAGAUUAGUCUUCUCUUAAAUAAGAGUAAUAGAAUCAGAAUUCUUAAAAAUUAUGUUUAGUUUGUUAUGAAAAAGAGAAUAAUAUGAUCAAUAUGCCUUGUGGUCAUGGUGGAUUUUGCAAAGAGUGUUGUGAGUAAUUGUUGAGCAAAAGUGAACUUUGUUACUUAUGUAGAAAACCUGUUACUCACAGUUUAUAGAUAUAAGAAGUUCAAAAUAGAGAGAGUUUGGUUGAAGUAAUUGAAGUCUUGGAACAAUAAAAUUAUUGA